AUGCUCAUUGUGCCCACCCCGUUCCUUGACGAGCAGCGACUACAUAUCACACCGACCAUGGGAUCAAUCGGCAACAACGCAGCCGAGGACAGGACAUUCGAACCGACGGCCUUGCAGGACAAAUACCGGCAGGAGCGCGACAAGCGACUCCGCAACGGCGGCCUCUCACAGUAUCACUCGGUCGAAGAAGAUACUCUCCAGCACUUUGCGCGAGAUGUCUGGAGCAGCCCUGCUCCGCGCCGCACCGUCGAGGAGCAAGUCGACUAUCUGGUAAUUGGCGCAGGAUAUAGUGGGAUGCUAUUGAGCGUCCGGCUAAUCGAAGCCGGCAUCACCAACAUCCGCAUCAUCGACAAGGCGGGUGACUUUGGCGGUACCUGGUACUGGAACCGGUACCCCGGAGCUGCCUGCGAUAUUGAAUCGUAUAUUUACAUGCCGCUACUAGAAGAGACGGGCUACAUUCCGACUGAAAAGUACGCGCGUGGUCCGGAGUUGUUUGGCCACUCACAGCGCAUUGGCCGGCAGUAUGGACUAUACGAUCGCGCUCUGUUCCAUACCGAAGUUGAGAAGCUUGAAUGGAAUGAUUCGUCGAAGCGAUGGGACGUCAGGACAAGCCGGGGCGACCAUAUCCAAGCUCGCUUUGUAACCACGGCCGGCGGCCUGCUUCACAAGCUGAAAUUCCCGGGGGUCAGCGGUAUCGACCAGUUCAAAGGCCACAGCUUCCACACCAGCCGAUGGGACUACGAGUACACUGGCGGGGACUGCAAUGGGAAUAUGAAGGGACUGGCCGACAAACGGGUCGCAAUCAUUGGCACCGGCGCAACAGCCAUUCAGCUCGUGCCGCAUCUCGGGCGAUCAGCAAAGCACCUCUAUGUCUAUCAGCGCACACCGUCGUCAGUCGAUGUCCGCUUGGACCAGCCCACCAGCCAGAAAUGGGCCAAAGGCCUGACCAAGGGGUGGCAACAGCGGCGUAUGGAUAAUUUCAACAUCCUCGUCUCCGGCGGCCAUCAAGACGAAGACCAAGUCGGCGACGGCUGGACGGACAUUCUCGUCAACCUCUCAGUUUCGGGCCAGAAGGUCGCCGCGAGCCAGAAAGCUGCAGACCCGGUCAAGGCCGCAAAGGAGCUCCAGGAUAACAUGCAGAUGGCCGACUACCGCAAGAUGGAGCAGGUGCGCGCACGGGUCGACGCCACAGUCCACGACCCGGCCGUUGCAGACUCUCUGAAGCCGUGGUAUAACCUGAUGUGCAAGCGCCCGUGCUUCCACAACGACUAUCUCCCCACCUUUAACCGCCCGAACGUAACGCUUGUCGACACAAAGGGUGCGGGAAUUGAGCGGAUAACCGAAACUGGGAUUGUUGCGCAAGGAGUGGAAACGGAGGUUGAUUGCAUCAUCUACGCGUCUGGCUUCGAGUAUGUCGGAAGUGACUACAGCGACCGCAUGCGCAUUGUGAUGCGGGGGAGGAACGGGGUUGCCCUUGACGAGCACUGGAAGGAUGGGCCGAGGACGCUGCACGGUCUUUAUACGCGCAACUUCCCCAAUCAUUUCAUCAUGAGUAUCACGCAGAGCGCAGUGGCGCCUAACUUCACGCACAUGCUCAACGAGCAGGCCAAGCACAUUGCCUUUGUCGUUUCGGAGAGCCUGAAGAAGGGCGCGACCACGAUAGAGCCGUCCGCCGAGGCCGAGGAGGAGUGGGUGCAGACCAUCAUCCGAUUGGGGAAGCUGCGAGAAGACUUCCUGCGGGAGUGUACGCCCAGCUACUACAACGACGAGGGUAUAAUAUCGGAGAAGACCCUCAAGACUGGUCGAUACGGCCUCGGGUCUCCGGCGUUCAUUCAGCUUCUGGAUGACUGGAGAAAGGCUGGCUCUCUAUCGGGACUGGAGUUGGACGGGCAGCCGGUGAGGCACUCGGAUGAAAGCAUAUCCAAGGCUCCCUCUGCCGCAUUUAUCACUACAGACAGUAUAGUUCCUGCUGUGUAG